ACACAACACAGCCUGCAGGUCGGCGCCAGAGCCACCACCCCCACUCUCCCAGCUGCUCACGGGAGCUAGAGGGCACUGCGGUCCUCAGUGGUCUCGCCAGCCCCUCGCCAUCCCAGGGCCCCCGUGCCUGUGAGGACUCCCUCAGCUGCAGGUUGGCCACAGGGGCAGGUGCUGCAGCAUGGGCGAGUCCCCUGAGCUUCUGCAGCAGGGCAGAGGGCCGGUGCCAGUCCGGCGGCAGCGUCCGGCACCCCAGGGUCUGCGUGCGAUGCUGAAGGCCCGGCUGUGGCGGAGCUGCUCGUGCAGCGUGCCGUGCGCCUGGGCGCUGGUGCAGGACCUGCUCCCCGCCACGCGCUGGCUGUGCCAGUACCGCCUUCGGGAGUACCUGGCGGGUGACGUCAUGUCCGGGCUGGUCAUCGGCAUCAUCCUGGUGCCACAGGCCAUUGCCUACUCGCUGCUGGCUGGACUGCAGCCCAUCUACAGCCUGUACACGUCCUUCUUUGCCAACCUCAUCUACUUCCUCAUGGGCACGUCACGGCACGUCUCCGUGGGCAUCUUCAGCCUGCUCUGCCUCAUGGUGGGCCAGGUGGUGGACCGGGAGCUCCAGCUGGCCGGCUUCGACCCCUCCCAGGAUGGCCUGUGGCCCGGGGCCAAUGACAGCAUCCUCAAUGGCUCGGCUGCCACGCUAGACUGUGGGCGCGACUGCUACGCCAUCCGUGUUGCCACCGCCCUCACGCUGAUGACCGGGCUUUACCAGGUCCUCAUGGGUGUGCUCCGGCUGGGCUUCGUGUCUGCCUACCUCUCGCAGCCACUGCUGGACGGCUUUGCCAUGGGGGCCUCAGUGACCAUCCUGACCUCGCAGCUCAAGCACCUGCUGGGCGUGCGGAUCCCUCGGCACCAGGGGCUGGGCAUGGUGGUCCGCACGUGGCUGAGCCUGCUGCGCAGUGUCGGGCAAGCCAACGUGUGCGAUGUGGUUACCAGCACGGUGUGCCUGGUGGUGCUACUGGCCGCAAAGGAGCUCUCAGACCGCUACCGACGGCGCCUGAGGGUGCCAGUGCCCACAGAACUGCUGGUCAUCGUGGUGGCCACGCUCGUGUCCCACUUCGGGCAGCUCCACAAGCGCUUUGGCUCAAGUGUGGCUGGUGACAUCCCCACUGGUUUCAUGGCCCCUCAGGUCCCAGAGCCCAGACUGAUGCAGCGUGUGGCCUUGGAUGCCGUGGCCCUGGCCCUCGUGGGCGCAGCCUUCUCCAUCUCGCUGGCGGAGAUGUUCGGUCGCAGCCACGGCUACUCUGUGCGCGCCAACCAGGAGCUGCUGGCUGUGGGCUGCUGCAACGUGCUGCCCGCCUUCCUCCACUGCUUCGCCACCAGCGCAGCCCUGGCCAAGAGCCUGGUGAAGAUAGCCACUGGCUGCCGGACACAGCUGUCCAGCGUGGUUAGCUCUGCAGUGGUGCUGCUGGUGCUGCUGGCACUGGCACCGCUGUUCCACGACCUCCAGCGAAGCGUGCUGGCCUGCGUCAUCGUGGUCAGCCUGCGGGGGGCCCUGCGAAAGGUGUGGGACCUCCCACGGCUGUGGCGGAUGAGCCCAGCCGACGCAGUGGUCUGGGCGGGCACCGCAGCCACCUGUGUGCUAGUCAGCACGGAGACCGGGCUGCUGGCCGGCGUCAUCCUCUCGCUGCUCAGCCUGGCCGGCCGCACCCAGCGCCCACACGCCGCCCUGCUGGCCCGCAUCGGGGACUCGGCCUUCUAUGAGGACGCCACAGAGUUCGAGGGCCUCGUCCCGGAGCCCGGGGUGCGGGUGUUCCGCUUCGCGGGGCCGCUGUACUAUGCCAACAAGGACUUCUUCCUGCGGUCACUCUACAGCCUCACAGGGCUGGACGCGGGGCGCAUGGCUGCCAGGAGGAAGGAGCAGGGCUCGGGGGUGGGGGUGGGGGUGGGCGAGGGAGGCCCUGCCCAGGGCAAGGACCUGGGCCCGGUUAGCAGCAGGGCUGCGCUGAUGCCCGCGGCGGCCGGCUUCCACACGGUGGUCAUCGACUGCGCCCCACUGCUGUUCCUGGACGCAGCUGGUGUGGCCACACUCGAGGACCUGCGCCGAGACUACGGGGCCCUGGGCAUCAGCCUGCUGCUGGCCUGCUGCAGCCCCCCCGUGAGGGACAUUCUGAGCAGAGGGGGCUUCCUCGGGGAGGGCCCAGGGGACACAGCUGAGGAGGAGCAGCUGUUCCUCAGUGUGCACGACGCUGUGCAGACGGCAGGAGCCCGCCACAGGGAACUGGAGGCCACCGAUGCCUGCCUGUAGCAGGGCCAGGCCUUCCCGGCAGCCUCCGCUCCCUCAGGGGGCCCACGGCGGACGUCUGCAAGCCACUGCCGAGACUCAUCCCAGGGAGGAGACACCCAAGGGACGCGCUCCUGCACCACCGCCACCCUGGGGAAACCAGGGAACCCCAGCUGGGGAAGGAGGCCCUCUGAUCACGCAGGACCCAAACACUCAGAAAUCAGGAACCUCUGCCCCUGAGAGACAGGCUGGCCCACAGUGCUGGCCCGGCCCGAUGCUCAAGGCCCUCGCUGUCCCUCGGCUCAGAAGGGCUGGGGGUGGCCUGAUGCUCAGGGUUGACAUAUUAAUUGAACAACGGCCGCCUCCCCCGCAACAUCAUGCAGCCUCCAAGUGCCAACAGGACCCCCUAUGUCCAGGCCUGCCUGGUGCCCACCCUGCUGGUUGGAGCUGGUGGUUCUGGCCAAGUGCAUGAGGGUCUCUGUGUUUCUAGAAGGCCCCACACACCCAAGUGGCCCUCACACCUCGUGCCUCCUCCUCACAGAGUGGCCACCUGCACCAGCGUCAAGGCCUCAGGUGCUGUGAUGACCUCAGCUCAGCCCUCAGAUGUGGUGGCCUGCCCAGUCCGGCCAGCAAACACACACAGGGGUGCCCAUGGGUGCAGCAGAGACAGGUGAGGCACAGCCAACCCUGAGCCUCCAGGGGGACCUGGAGGAAGCCCACCGUGCCCCACACAGGGGCACCCUCCAGCACACAGCCCUCGCCCCAGCAAGGACACAAUCCCCUCAACAGGGUUCGUCGGCAGAAAGAGGGGGAACAAAGGGUCUUCCGAGCGGCCCCCAGCGCUGCGCCUCCUCAGUUGGCCCUUCCCCAUCCCGUCCCAUCUGUGCCUCUGUAAGGGGUUCUGGGACACCUAGGCCCCGAGUCACCCACCUUGUGACAAGCUCCAGCAGCCAGUGGGUCCGGACCUGCUCGAUGCCACGGUGAGGGACGGCGCCCACAUAAGCGAGGUUGAGCUGCUGGUCCCAGCUGAGGACGUACUGGUCAGCCUGGCUGUGUGGCAGCGGAGGGCUGGGGACAGCAAAGGGGCGGUUCAGGCCUGAGCCUCAGCAUGGCCGGCAGGGCAGGCGACACUCAGGCUCGAGCCCGGGACUGCCUGGGUGCCAGAUCCAGUGUGCUCAGUGACUAAUAAAACGGCCCUUAGGGCCAGGAAUGUAGGGAGGUCCCAUCUUCACGGGGAACGGGAGCAGCACUAAGACGGGGGAGCCAAAACCAGCCCUUGCCCCGGCCCUGCCAGGCAAGCGGGCACCUCGAGUCUCCGUGGAGGGAAAGGGACAGGCGGGCCAGGUCCCGCUGCAGGGGCGCCCCACCGCAUGGGGAGACUCCUGGACCACCUCAAAGAGCAGGAUCCUGGGCAUCGGCCUGGGUUACAGGGAGCGGCUGCUGGGCAAGCUCAGGGUCCAGCCCCAGGCCCCCGGGCCGGCGCCCACUCAGCUGGAGAGCCCACCCCCAAACACGGCGGAGAGCGGGCCGGGAGAGCCAGGGCCCCAGAGGAGGGAGCUCCCACAGUGCUCGGUCAGGGGGCGCCCGAGCUCUCCCCGUGCGGCCAGGGGGUCCCUGGGUUACAGGCCGCGGGCGGGAGCGCGGGGCGCUCACCAGAAGCCGGUGCUCCUCCAGAAGCGCCGCAGGGGCCACAGCGCGCGGGCCGCGUCCACCCGCACCAGGUGCGGGGCCUCGGCCGGGGCCACCGGGGGCGCG